AACAAGCCCAGCCAGUUCUCUACAGGGAGCGUCUGAGACUCAAGGAAAUGACAAGAGAAUAAAUCUCACAACUUAGUGAUAUGGACAUCAGAGUCUAGAGAGACUCUCCCACUGCUGCUGCCAGGAUGAGUGACAGCAGUGAUCAGGAGAGAGAGGAGGCUGCAGGCCUCAGACCAGAGGAUGUGCUACUCCGGUGGAUGACCUUGAAGAAGGACAAGAAAGUGGAUCCUAGCAUCAAAUUAACACACUCUGUUGAUGAUGUUGACCCACAGACACACAGACCUCCAUCUCCAGUGCCCAGCUGUGUGUCCAUGAAGAGUGAUGCGUCCAUGGGUGGUAUACCCAACUUCAGCAGUGAACCAGUUCCAUCAGGUCUACACCCACAGACACACAGACCUCCAUCUCCAGUGCCCAGCUGUGUGUCCAUGAAGAGUGAUGCGUCCAUGGGUGGUAUACCCAACUUCAGCAGUGAACCAGUUCCAUCAGGUCUAAAGUUAAGGGCUGAUCUGACCCAGGAUCUAGGACCCAGGAGACACCUGCACACUGGACAUACACCAGGGAGAAAGAGGGAACUAGAUGAGGACCUGGGGAGAGUUAUAAAGAAUCACAAAGCCAGUCUGAAGAGGAGGUUUGAGAACAUCUCUGAAGGCAUCAUCAAACCAGGAGCUGAGAUACUCCUCAAUAAGAUCUACACAGAGCUCUACAUCACAGGAGGAGAGAGUGAAGGGGUGAAUAAGGAACAUGAGGUUUGGCAGGUAGAGUCAGCGUCCAGAUCUCAAUCCACAGAGGACAUAUCAAUCAACUGCAACGACAUCUUCAAGCCCUUACUUGGACUGGAGAAGCACAUCAGAACUGUGAUGACCAAAGGUGUUGCUGGAAUUGGAAAAACUGUCUCAGUGCAAAAGUUCAUUCUUGAUUGGACAGAUGGGGUAGCCAAUCAUGAUGUAGAUUUUAUGUUUCCCCUUUCUUUCCGUGAGCUUAAUUUAGUCAGGAGAAAUCAGUAUAGUCUUCACAGCCUCCUGCUUGACUUCCACCCUGAGCUGAAGGAGCUGAAUGAUGGUGAAGGAUACAAAGACUGUCAGGUUGUGUUCAUCUUUGAUGGUUUGGAUGAGAGUCGGUUGACUCUGGACCUGGAGCAGAACAGUGAGUUGUCUGAUGUGAAAGAAACAUCAUCAGUUGAUGUUAUGAUGACGAGCCUCAUUCAGGGAACUCUACUUCCCUCUGCACUCAUCUGGAUAACCUCAAGACCAGCUGCAGCCAGUCAGAUUCCUGCUCAGUUCAUUGACCAGGUAACAGAAGUACGAGGAUUCAAUGAUCCACAGAAGGAAGAAUACUUCAGGAAGAGAAUCAGAGAUCAGAGUCAGGCCAACAGAAUCAUCUCACACAUUCAGACAUCCAGGAGUCUCCAUAUCAUGUGCCACAUUCCAGUCUUUUGUUGGAUUGCAGCUACUGUACUUCAGCAGAUGCUGGAAAGGAAAAACAUCAAAGACAUUCCCAAAACGCUGACUGAGAUGUUCAUACACUUCUUGCUCAUCCAAACCACAAGAAAGGAUCAAAAGUAUCAGAGUGGAUCUGAAAAAGAUACAAAGAAACUUCUGGAAUCUCAGAGGAACAUUUUACUGAAGCUGGCAGAACUAGCUUUCAAGAAUCUAGAGAAUGGCAACCUCAUGUUUUAUGAGGAAGACCUGCGAGAGUGUGGCAUUGAUGUCAGUGAAGCCUCAGUGUACUCUGGCAUGUGCACUGAGAUCUUCAAGACAGAAAAUGUGGAAUCUCAAAAGAAGAAGGUCUACUGCUUUGUGCAUCUGAGUGUCCAGGAGUUUCUGGCAGCUGUGUUUGUGUUUCACUCGUAUUUGGAGGAGAACCAUGAGGCAUUGGAAUCCCUCUUCAGUGAUGAGCGUAGAAAUGAACUCAAUCCAUCAAUGUUAUAUUCUUUUCAAUCAGCACUAAGAUUAAAACCUCAAGACAACUUACAUGUUUUACUUAAGAGUGCAGUUGAUAAGGCUUUGGAGAGCCAGAACGGACACCUGGAUCUCUUCCUUCGCUUCCUUAUGGGCAUUUCUGUGGAGAACAAUCACAGACUUCUUCAAGGUCUACUGAGCAACACACACAACAGCUCUCAUAGUAUUAAGGAAACAUGUCAGUACAUGAAGAAACUCAACAGAGAAGGUCUCUCUCCUGAACGAUGCAUCAAUCUUUUCCACUGCUUAUUUGAAAUGAAUGAUGAUUCCAUGCACAAAGAAAUUCAGACAUACUUGUCAUCACCAAAGAACAUCAAACAGAAGUUAUCUCCUGCCCACUGUUCAGCACUGGCCCACAUGCUUCUGAUGUCUGAGGAGGUGCUGGAUGAGAUUGAGCUGAAGAAAUACAACACAUCAGAUGAGGGACGCAGGAGACUGCUCCCAGCUGUGAGGUGCUGCAGAAAGGCACGACUUGCUGGAUGCAAUCUCUCAGAGAAGUCCUGUGGAAUUGUGGCUGCUGUUCUACAGUCACCAAACUCCCUGAUAGAGCUGGACCUGAGUCACAAUGACCUGGGAGAUUCUGGAGUCCAUCUUCUCUCUAUGGGACUGUCUAGUCCCCACUGCAAACUGCAGACCUUAAGAUUUGCUGACUGUAAACUCACUGAUAAGUCCUGUGAGAUUGUUACUUCAGUUCUACAAUCAACAAACUCACUGCUACAGCUGGAAUUGAAUCACAAUGAUCUGGGGGAUUCUGGAGUUCAGCUUCUCUCUAAAGGACUGUCCAGUUUUAACUGCAAAAUACACACAUUAAGUGGGCCCGAGACUGUCUCAGCCGAGUCAGCAGUAGGGGCAGUUCAUGCUUCCCUUCCACGGGAAGAGGUGGACGGGAUAGCCGUGGUUGAAGAACCAGAUCGUACGGAACAAAGUGCUUCCGCAGAUGUCGGGGCUGAGGCGGGCAACGCAGAGUCUGAGAGUCAGUCCACACAGGACUCGCAGAGACUUUAUAAGAGUGAAAGCUCUGAUAAUCAGGAGGAUGACCAGGCCUUCCUUGAAGAUCUCCCCCAGGUGGCCGAAGAGGCGAAUGCGGUCCUUGGAAAGGCAUUGACCUCAGAGGAACUGCAGAGAGCCCUCCAGAGCAUGGAGUGUGGAAAGGCACCGGGGUUGGACGGUCUAUCUGUGGACUUUUAUAAGUCCUUUUGGCCAGAAGUGGGUGACGAUGUGCUGGCUGUUCUUAGGGACAGUCUUAUCACAGAGAAGGGUUGUGGUUUUCUGGCUUCAGCUCUGACUUCAAACCCCUCCCAUCUAAAAGAGCUGGAUCUGAGCUACAAUCAUCAUGGAGAAUCAGGAUUAAAGCUGUUAUCUGCUAGACUGGAGGAUCCUGCCUGUAAACUGGAGAUACUUAAAACUGACCAUGCUUCUUUAGACAGAGCACGACCACGUUUGCUGAGAUUUUCCUGUGAGUUCACACUGGACCCAAACACGGCACACAGAGAACUCCUUCUGUCUGAGGGGAACAGGAAGGUGACGCGGGUGAGAGAGGAGCAGCCGUAUCCUGACCACCCAGACAGAUUUACUGACCAUUAUUACCAGGUGCUGAGCAGAGAGCCUCUGACUGGACGCUGCUACUGGGAGUGGGAGUGGAGUGGGGACAAUGUUGCUGUGGGAGUGGCCUAUAAAAGCAUCAGCAGGAGGGAAGGGAUCUAUUGCUCUCCCAAGGCCUGGUGUCUGGUCUGUUCCAGUGACACAUACAGAGCCUGGCACAAUGGAAAUGAUACUGUCCUACCCGUCCCCCCCGCAGGCUGCAGGAGAGUAGGAGUGUAUGUGGACCGUGAGGUCGGCACUCUGUCCUUCUACAGGGUCUCCUCUGAUACUCUCACACACCUGCACACCUUCACCACCACAUCCACUAGUGAGCCCCUACAUGCAGUGUUUUGCGUUUUUCCUGGCUCAUCAGUGUCUCUGAUCUAGAUCACAUGACCUGCUGCAGGACACACACACAAACACACACACAUACACACAGAUACACAUACAGACACAUCUCUGCCACCACAUUCACUCAUGAGUCAUGCAGCGCUUUUGUCUCAUAACCUGCUGUGUUCACACAAACACGCACACACACACACACACACACACACACACACACACACAGAAUCUAUACCUACACACACACACACACACACACACACACACACACACACACAGAGCAUCACUCAUCCACCUAUACCUACCUACAGACACAAUUAUACCUACUCGCACACACACAAAACACACACACACACACACACACACACACACACACACACACACACACACAAACCUAUACCUACACACACACACACACACACAUUCCUGGACAGACAGACACACACACACACACACACACACACACACACACACACACACACACACAGCUGCACUGCUACACAUAGACACACGCAUACACACACACACACAGCUACACUGCUACACAUACAUACAACACACACACACACACACACACACACACACACACACACAUACACCCACACAUA